AUCAAACACAACACCAUAAUACAAAAUAAAAUCACUUUUAUGCGUUUUGCGUUCAAUGUAUGUAGUGUACAGCAGAGAAACAAUGAUUCACUAGUGCAUUAGGCUAAUAGUUUAAAGAUAAUACGUGGAAGCUAAUAGGAAGUGAUUAGGAGCUUAAAAUCAGAAUGUAGCGCUUAGUCAAGUUCCAUAAACGAGUUUCUAAAAUUGUAUUAUCGAUCUUUGUCUUUAGUAAUAAAGUGUAAUUUUAUAAAAACUUAACAUGUCAGUGGUCAAAGCGAAAGCGUUGAUGAAAAUGGAAGUAAUCCAGGUUGGUGAAUACGAGUUCACCAAACAAGACAUAAUAGGACACGGAGCCUUCGCCAUGGUGUACAAAGGCAGGAAAAGAAAGAAUCCAUCGCAGUCAGUGGCCGUGAAAGUGGUUACGAAGAAGGGUAUUCAAAAAGCUUCAGAGAUACUCGUCAAAGAAAUCAAAAUACUCCGGGAAUUGACAGCUCUUCACCACACGAACCUCGUCGCCAUGCACGACUGUAUGGAUAGCCCCGCUUACGUCUACGUUGUCAUGGAGUACUGUAACGGCGGUGACCUGGCAGACUACCUACAAGCGAACAGACUGCUCAGCGAGGGCACAAUCCGGACCUUUCUCCGUCAGCUUGCAGAAGCGAUGCGCGCGAUACAUGCUAAGGGCAUCGUCCACCGUGAUCUCAAACCGCAGAACAUUCUCCUCACACAUAAUGUAAUGCCUCCACGGACACCACAUCCUACAGAGAUUACCCUAAAAAUCGCGGACUUUGGUUUCGCAAGAUUCCUAGAGGAAGGAAACAUGGCCGUCACACUUUGCGGAUCACCAAUGUACAUGGCUCCCGAAGUAAUAAUGUCAUUAAAGUAUGACGCAAAAGCAGAUCUCUGGAGUCUAGGUACGAUUGUGUACCAGUGCCUCACCGGCAAGGCGCCCUUCCAGGCCACCACACCGCAUGAGCUCAAAGCGUUCUAUGAAAACAGCGUCGACCUACAGCCCAAAAUGCCAUCUGGCACAAGUCCGGAACUAUGCAACUUACUGAUCGGUCUACUCAGGAGAAACGCGCGCGAGCGUAUGCCCUUCGAGGUAUUCUUCAACCAUCCCUUCCUACAACGACCGAGAACGACAUCCAUCACCAGUUUGGACUCGGAACUGCCUGACGUAUUGGAGUGCGAUAUCGAAGGCUGUGUCGAAACUAACUGUAUCCUAGAGGAGUCGUGGGACAGUCAGGAGACAAAUUCUAACAGCGCUAUUCCCACGACGUCCAGUCCGCGCGCCCCCGUGUCCGCGCCGCAGCCGCAGCCGCAGCCGGUCGCGCAGCCGGCCAAGAAGCCGCAGCCCACGUCUUCGGAUCCGAAAACUACCUACACGAUAUAUGAGGAGGUGUGUCGGUCGACAGCCGAGUCGGCGGACACGCUGUGGGCGGGCGCGGAGGACUUCGUGGUGGUGGAGGCGGACAGCGGCUCGGCGGACGGCUCGCACACGUCGCACGGCUCGUCCGCGUCCGAGGCGGCGCCGCGCCCGCGCUCGCUGGCGCUCGUGGCGCCCGCGCCCGACGCGCCGCCCGCGCACGCGCUCCCCGCGCACGCCGCGCACCCGCAGCCUCGGAACCCACUGAGCGUGGCGUCCAACGUGCCGCGCUCGCAACCCAUCGACGUGCUCCGAUCCAAUCACAAUCGAAAUACGACCGACAUCGGCUCACUAUCGCCGCCGACUGUACCGUUUACAAUGAGGACUCCUCCUUCGACUCGACGACGAAGUGCAUCUGGAAGUUCCCCACCGCCGUCACUAUGGCAGGUCUCACCCACCAAUAACAGUCCGCUGAGAAGAUCGGGCUCGUCGCCGCCGGUGUCGCUGGCGCUCAAGGCGAGCGGCGAGUCGUCGCCCAAGCGCGGCGCGCUGCCCGACGCGCUGCUGCGCGGCCUCAAGCUGCACCACGAGCCGCCCGUCUACAUCCCCAACCUGCAGGAGGAGACCAUCCUGGCGGAAGAGCACAGCAAAGUUUUCUCGCAGCUGAACUUCGUGCUGAUGCUCGCCGAGUUGCUGUCGGACCUCGCCGUGUCGUGCGGCGCGCCCCUCGCCGCGCUCAUGGACACGUCGGACGAGCGCUGCAACGAGAGCGUGCGCCUGGGCCUGCUGGUGCAGGCGAUGCAGGCGCUGGCGGCCGGCCUGCGCCUCGCCGCCGCGCACUACCGCUCGCGCACGCUGCAGCCCACGCUGCAAGUGCGGAACGUUGUAUCGCUCAUGAAUGGGAAGUACAAAUGGAUUGUCAACGAAUCAAAACGACUACACGAAGCGGGUAUUACGCCUGCAGUCUGUGAUAAAAUACUCUACGAACACGCUAUCGAAUUGUGUCAGAUGGCGGCAAUCGAGGAGUUGUUCGGUGACGUAAAGGAGUGCGAGCGACGUUACAUGUCCGCGCAGGUGCUUCUACAUUCACUUGUGCAGCGACAUCCACUGCAUCCGCACCACCGCACCACGCUCUCCAAAUACAGGGACGCAGUACAAAGGCGGCUCAAUUGCCUCAAGGGGCCCCGAAAAAUCAUGGACGUGAAGUUAGAGGCUGGGAUCUCAUAAUGUAAUAGAGUAUCUUACCUAGAAAUAAGUAAAUGUAAAACGCAAGAUGAGAAGUGAUUUUAUUUUGUUUUUAAAAUGACUUACAGUGAUAAACUAUUAAAAAGUGUAUAAAAAGAAUAAGUGAAAGAUAUCAUUUGAAAAUAAUCACCAUAUACAUACCUGAUGUUUAGCAAAGAUGAGAUUCCAAUAGCGAGUUAUAUUUUUUUAUAUAUAGUGAAGAUUUCUUGCAAACAAUAAUACCAUGUAGAAACCUUAGAAAAUUUGAAUGUAAAAAUUAUAGUACUGCUUUAAGAUAAAUUGUAAGUAGACAAUUGUCAUUUCUUAUCUUGUCAUUUCUUCCUACUUUCGCAAUAAAUGGUAGUAAUUUUACAUAAAUGAAUUUCUUUCUUUCAUACACAAAAAAUAUAUAUUAAAACUAAUUUCUGCCGAAAUAAAAUGCACGUUUAAUAAUUUUCAAAAAAUAAUCUUUAGUCAUCAAAAUCCAAUCAUCAAUUGAAAAUGUAAAAAAAUAGGUUAGAAGUAGUAUGGAUUUGCAAAAAUAUUUCAUGGUUAUAUCAACACUUAUUAUUACUAAUUUGUAGUGUGUUAUGUAAAGUGAAUAUUAUGACAUAUUAUCUUAUUACAGACAUGAUAUAGAGAUCUCAUUAUUAUCGACCAAUAACAAUAUGGCAUUUUUAGGUUAAGUUACUGAUUAUAUUUUUAAGUAUUUUUUUUAAAAUAAACAGUAUAAUUUUCA